GUGACGCAGCGUGCUGUCGCCGGGAGAAGUUUGAAAACAGACGCAAAAACUUUUCUUUUCCUUAAACGCUUCGUGUCGUUCCGGUUGUUUCCGGAGGAACCGGGCCGAGCGUCCCCGGAGGCCGAGCAGGGUCGAGGGGAGUCCGGGCAGAGGACGUCGCGCUGCAGGCAGACAUGUCUUCCCCAGAAGAAGAACCAUCGUCUGCCGUGUCGGCCAUCCUGUCGUCCGCCCUGUCCUCCGCCGUGUCGGCCGCCAUGGCCGUGGCGAUGGCGGUGGAAGCGAAGGCGGAGCUUUCCCAGCUGCUGGACGAGUGGGAGGCGGCCCAGCGAGGCAGCGCAGAGCAGCUGGUGACCAGCCUCACGAAAAUCUCUGAGCUGAUUGAACGAGAGACGUCAGCCUAUCACAAAGCAGAUCCCGACCCGUUCGAUGAUCGACAUCCAGGUCGGGCGAACCCAGACGGCAUGCUGGGACAGCUCCUGAAGAUGCUCUUCAUGAACAACAACUUCACUAACGCUUUGCUGGACACGUACAUCAUGACGAGCAGGGACGUGAGCCUCAGGACAGCCGCCUGUCGUCUGCUGCUGGACAUCAUGCCCGGCCUCGAGACCUCCGUCGUCUUCCAGGAGAAGGAGGGGCUUGUGGAGACGUUGUUUGGCUUUGCUCGUGAAGCCGAGCGCCCGCUGAGCGUCUACGCCACGGGGCUGCUGGCCCGAGCCAUGAGCAACCAGGAGGUGGCCGCCGGCUACAGACCCUCCAACCUGCAGCUGGUACCGAUGAUGAUUCUGCGUCUGCAAGAGCUGCAAACUCAAGAGUUCGAGAAUCACCUCGGUCCCAUCAAGACCCCCCAGCAUCUUCCUCAGGUCGAAGCCACACAAUCCUCAAACAUCUCAGCAGACCAGCGAGACAAGACAGAGGGCGAAGACGAGGACAAAGACAGAAAAGACGGAGCCGCAGAGAGCAGCAGGCCGGUGUUGAAGGCCGGCUCCAAACCGUUUGCCCAGAAAAAUGGUGGAAGCGGCGGCAGCAGCGGUGGUGGAGGAGGAGGAGGAGGAGGAGGAUCCAGCUCCACACGGAUGCUUCCACACUCUGUGGACCAAGCAAGCAAUGACUCCGCCCCCAGGGGGACGCAGGACAGACUGGGAGGAGUCAAGAGACCAGCGGGGAAGGAGAACGGAAGGAACGCCAAACAGAAGCUCAACUCUGAGAGGAGCAGCACCAGUAACCAGCCAAUCAGCAGCUCCUGGUCUGAGAUGAGCUCAAUGGUGAUUGGAUCUGAAUACUGCCUUUCACCGCUGAGCCCGGCCAUGGAGCAGAGGCUCAUCCUGCAGUACCUGCAGCCGCUCGGAGAAUAUCAAGAGUUGCUCGCCCUCUUCAUGCAGCAGGACACGCGCAUGUUGCUGAUGAACUACAUCGACCUCAGACAGACCAAGAAUGUGCAGCUCACCUACGACGCUCUGCUGUAUCUCGCCUCGUUGCUCCUCCAUAAAAAGUUCGUAGCCGAGUUCAUUGCUCACGGAGGCGUCCAGAUGCUUCUGCAGAUCCCGAGGCCCUCGAUGGCAGCCACCGGAGUUUCACUCUGCUUGUACUACCUGGCGUACAACCAAGACGCCAUGGAGAGGGUGUGUAUGCUCCCAGACGGCGUUCUCUCCGACAUGGUGGCCUACGCGGUCUGGCUGCUGGAGUCGUCCCACGCUUCCGGCGUCUGCCACGCCACCAUGUUCUUCUCCAUCUCCUUCUCGUUCAGAGCCAUGCUGCAGCUCUUCGACCAGCAGGACGGGCUGCGCAGGCUCGUCAACCUGGUCAGCACUCUGGAGAUUCUCAACAGAGGGAGUGAAGUGUCCAUCCUGAGUGAUGACCAGGUGUUCUCCAGCCGGCAGACGGCCAAACACACCUGCAUGGCCGUCCGCAGGUACUUUGAGGCUCACCUGGCAGUGAAGGCCGAGCAGGUGAAGCAGGCGCUGCACACGUCAGACAAAGGCACCAUCGUUCCCCAGCAGCAGUUUUACAAGGCGUACACGUACACCAGAGAGCAGGUCAUUGAGAUGAUGGAGUUCCUCAUCGAGUGUGGACCUCCACAGCUCCACUGGGAGCCGGUGGAGCUCUUCUACAAGUUGUCCUGUGUUCCUUUGAUGCUGCAGCUCAUCUCCACAGCCUGUGACUGGAGGACUUACUACGGCAGGAGUGACACUGUGCGUUAUGUCUUGGACAUCCUGGCCAUCCUGACCGUGGUUCCUAAAGUCCAGCUGGUGCUGGCUGACACUGUGAAUGUUCUGGAUGAAACCAGGUCACUGGUUUCCACUGUGGGUAUGAGCAUCAUCCUGGGCGUCGCUGAGGGAGAGGUGUUCGUCAACGAUGCUGAAAUCCAGAAGUCUGCGCUGCAGGUCAUAAUAAACUGUGUGUGCGCUCCGGACCAGAGCCUGAACACGGGGGGGGCCUUCGCUGUCACCCCCCUCAGGCCCUCCCUCCACCCCCAGCAGCCUCCCACCCCCUUCAACAAGGUGCUGGCCCACAUGUGGCAGGUGGUGCAGAACAACAACGGGAUAAAGGUUCUCCUCUCUCUCCUGUCGGUGAAGAUGCCGAUCACAGACGCAGACCUGAUCCGCUCUCUGGCCUGCAAGGCUCUGGUCGGUCUCUCCCGCUGCUCAGCGAUCAGACAGAUCAUCAGCAAACUGCCGCUGUUCACCAGCGGACACAUUCAGCAGCUGAUGAAGGAUCCGGUGCUGCAGGACAAACGCAGCGAGCACGUCCGGUUCUGCCGCUACGCCGCCGAGAUGACGGAGCGGGUGUCGGGGAAGCCGUUGCUCAUGGGCACCGACGUGUCGCUGGCUCGGCUGCAGAGAGCCAACGUGGUCGCCCAGUCGCGGAUCACCUUCCCUGAGAAGGAACUCCUCAUGCUGGUCAGGAACCACCUUGUGGCCAAAGGGCUCCACGACACGGCCGACCUGCUCGUGAAGGAAGCUAAUUUAGGAUCCUUGUGUCCCGCCUCCUCCUGCGUCUCCCCUCCCCCCUCCUCACUGGUUCCCAGGACUUGUCGGCUGGCCGGUGGGAUCGCGGCCCGCGCCGCCAGCCACGUGGGAUACUCCCCCGUGUCCUCGCUGGUCACCUCCACCUCUCCUCCUCUCUCCCGCACCCUGACCACGCCUCACCCCUCAUGCUCCUCCUCCUCGUCUACCCCCGCCCUCCCUACUCCUCUGCCUCCUCACUCCCAAGGACAGGGUUCACAUCCAGUGGGACGGAUUCUGUUCACACGGGAGCGCCAGGUGGCGAGCUGCAACUCGGGGAAGAAGCUUCGUGCCCUGAAGCAGAAGUCCGACCACGGAGCUUUCAUCCAGACUCCGGCCAUGAAGAAGCAGCUGGAGCGCCACGUCCCUUCCCCCCCGACCCUGGACGGCAUCAUCACAGAAUACCUGAGAGAACAACACGCCCGCUGCCCCAACCCCGUCACCACCUGCCCCCCCUUUUCCCUGUUCACCCCCCACAGAUGCCCCGAGCCCAAGCAGAGGCGACAGGCUCCGCCCAACUUCACCGUGCGCCUGGGCAGCCGGGUGCUGUACCCCAAGUACGGAGGAGUGGACCGGGGGUGUCUGGAUCGACACCUGAUAUUCAGCAGGUUCCGCCCGAUGUCCGUCUUCCACGAGGGCGACGGGGACGAGAGCGGUUUCACCUGCUGUGCCUUCUCGGCCCGAGAGCGUUUCCUGAUGCUGGGAACCUGCUCCGGGAAACUCAAGUUCUACAACGUGUUCUCUGGAGAGGAGGAGGCGAACUACACCUGCCACACCUCCGCCAUCACGCACCUCGAACCCUCCAGGGAUGGAAAGCUGCUGCUCACCUCGGCCUCUUGGAGCGUCCCCCUGUCUGCGCUCUGGAAUGUGGAUGGUGUCUUUAGCAUGAAGAACUCUUUUGUAGACGACCACUACGUUGAGUUCAGUAAACUCUCUCAGGACCGAGUCAUCGGCACCAAAGACCAAGUCGCACACAUCUACGACAUCCAGACGGGUCAGAAGACGUUGACCCUGAACGACCCCGGCCUGGCCAACAACUACAAGAGGAACUGUGCCACCUUCAACCCGACGGACGACCUGGUGCUGAACGACGGCGUGCUGUGGGACGUCCGGGCCUCACGGGCCGUCCACAAGUUCGACAAGUUCAACAUGAACAUCAGCGGCGUGUUCCAUCCCAACAGCCUGGAGGUCAUCAUCAACACCGAGAUCUGGGACCUGAAGACCUUCCACCUCCUGCACACUGUCCCCGCCCUCGACCAGUGCAGACUGGUGUUCAACAGCAACGCCACCAUCAUGUACGGAGCAAUGCUCCAAGCCGAUGAUGAGGAUGAUGCGAUGGAUCAGCAGAUGAAGAGUCCCUUCGGUUCCUCCUUCAGAACCUUUGAUGCCACAGACUACAAACCCAUUGCCACUGUGGACGUGAAGAGGAACAUCUUCGACCUGUGCACCGACAACAAGGACUGCUACCUGGCUGUGAUCGAGAACCAGGACACGGUGAGUCUGGACACGGUGUGUCGUCUCUACGAGGUGGGACGACAGAAGCUGGCCGAGGAGGGAGACGACGACGACCAGGACGAAGACGACCAGGACGAGGACGACUCGUCAGACACGGACGAUGAUGAUGACGAUGACGACAUGGACACCGACCCGCUCAUAGAGGAACUGACCAAUCGAGAGAGUCGGGAGAACGGGGACGGGGCCGACUCGCCCACAGAUGAGGAGAUCGCAGAUCUUCUUGGAGGAAACAGCGACGAUGACGACAACGAGGACUCGGAGGACGAGGACGACUCGGAGAGAAGUGAAGACCGCUCCUUCGACCCCGACUUGGACGGAGAACAAUCCGAUGACGAGGACCUUGACCUCCUGCAGUCGCUCCAUGACCGAUGGUUCUCCUGACCGAUGGUUCUCCUGACACCUCGAUCCUCGACGAGAACUUUUUUCUUUUUCAAACACCGUUUCUCAUGUAACCAGGCCAGUGGACUGUGGACACACUGGUCGUCUCUAUUCAAACUGCAGAGAGACGACGGGGACGGUCCCGGGGCUCGGGGUCAGUUCACUGACCUGACCUUUGACCUGGAUUCUGCGCUUCCUCUCUCAGUGUUUGUACGAUUUUGAAUAAGAACAAAAGUAUUUAUGAUGUUUUACCUGAGUCUCUGCUGGAGGAAACAUUUAAUGCUGCAGAAUAAAUAAUUUAAUUUAA